AUGGCCUGGUACACACAUCCUACGUCUUUCAAAGAUGUCAGCAUUGUGUCAAACGGUUGGGGGAGCCAGUCGUCUUACAACGCGCCAUUGCAAGCUACUCUUGCCCGAGCACAAUUGGCAUCUACAACAGGGCAAUCUCCACCACCGCUCCACUCAUCACAUCCCUCUAUACCACACCUGACUCUACUUGUCUUUGAGGCGGUCCUCGAAGUCGUCUGUGUUAGUUUUCCCGGCUACAUCGUCGCACGCCAGGGCAUGUUCACCGCCGAGAUGCAAAAGUUCACCGCCAACUUGAACGUCGCUCUUUUUACUCCCUGUCUGAUCUUUACAAAGCUGGCGUCUCAAUUGACAGCAGACAAACUAGUGGAGCUUGCAAUCAUCCCGAUCAUCUUUGUCGUACAGAUAGCUGUAUCAUACGCGUGUGCUUUUGGGCUCUCGAAGCUGUUUGGAUUCGCAAAGAGACCGCGCAAUUUUGUGAUCGCUAUGGGGGUCUUUGGUAAUUCCAACUCACUACCGAUAUCCCUGGUCUUAUCGCUUUCGCGGACUAUCAAAGGACUGCACUGGAGCAGGGUUCCGGGGGACAACGACGAUGAAGUUGCUGCCCGUGGUAUACUCUACCUGUUGGUUUUCCAACAACUCGGCCAAUUAGUCAGGUGGACCUGGGGCUAUAACGUACUGCUUGCGCCUCCGGACAAAGUGCAAGGGACAAUCGAGAAUACCAACGCUCAUCUAGAAAAUGGCGAAGCAAGCUCAGAAGAAGAAAGGGAACAUCUUAUUCGCAAUUCACCCGACACAGAUCGGGACGAGAUAUUUGGCAGCUCAUCCGGUGAUACGAGGGUUGGGACACGAACUGCUAGCCUUGAUAGCUUGAAAGAUCACAAGACACAUGCAAGCUUUUCUGGGCAAGAGACGCCAGUAACAUAUCAGCGCCGUUCAUCGCCCACCCAUUCAACAAGUUCAAUGCGUAGCGCUUUCAACCCUAAAACACAACCUCAACUUCUACCUACACCUGCAAACGGUAAUACCAUGCCACAGGUUGCAGGAUCAGAAAUCUCCACCGUGAACCAGUUGCAAUCCGUCACGGAAUUCAGGAAAGGGAUCCGAGGUUUACCCAAUCGCUGUCGGGCAGCUCUUUCGCGGUCUCUAAUGCAAUGCAGCGGCUGUGCGAGACGGGUAUCCACUUCAACAUUUGAGGCCCUACCGCAAGCCUUUCAGACAGCCCUGAGAAUUUUUUACCGAGCUGCGAAGAAGACCGCAUUGGGGGUGUGGGAAUUCAUGAACCCACCACUAUGGGCAAUGUUAGCGGCCAUCGUCGUUGCCUCAAUUCCUGAGUUGCAAUAUUUUUUCUUCGCAAAGGGGACCUUCUUCAAGAAUUCCGUAACAAGUGCCAUCAAUCAGAGCGGUGGCGUCGCCGUUCCCUUGAUACUCGUGGUCUUGGGCGGGAACCUGGCGCGAAACACCCUACCCAACAAGCACCAUACGAGGGAAGAUGACAAGGAAGAAACGAAACUUCUCAUUGCAUCCAUAUUGAGUCGCAUGGUCCUUCCGACCUUGAUCAUGGCGCCCUUGCUCGCAGUAACAGCAAAGUUUGUGCCCGUGAGCAUUCUUGACGAUCCAAUCUUCAUCAUUGUGUGCUUCUUGAUCAUUGGAGCACCAAGUGCCCUGCAGCUUGCACAAAUUUGCCAGAUCAACAAUGUUUACAUGGGCGCGAUGUCUCGACUCUUAUUCCAAAGCUACGUGAUCUGGAUCCUACCUUCAACCCUGAUACUUGUCAUGUGUGCGCUUGAGGUAGUUGAGUGGGCACAACGAUAG